AUCAUCAUCACAUGUUGAUGUUACUUGCUUAUGUCUUCUAGGUUAUGUUAUUUAAGUAUUUUGGUAGUUCCUUAUUGUGCGUUCCUGUAUGUUUUGAAUUUAAAUAAUAUACUAUAUAUUUUAUAUAUUAAAUAAUAAAUUUAUACGCUAAGAGCUAAACCUGAUCAGCUAGUAGAAUGGCUAAAACUAAAAAUAAAAAAGGAGCUCUAUCUGACCGCUAUCAUAUAAAAAAUGAGCCCAAAAAGCUUAAUUCUUUCGAAGUACAUGUGAAUAAAGAGAAGUUAAAAGUUAUAGGGAAAAAGCAAAAGAAUGACAGAGGCCUUCCCGGAAUUUCCAGAGCAAGAGCCAUCCAAAAACGAAAAUCUACUCUGCUAGAAGAAUACAAAGUACAAAAUAAGAACAAUGUAUUUUUAGACAGAAGGAUAGGUGAAAAAAUAAACAUGGACAGUGAAUCAAAAGCUAUUGCUCGAUUCACUGCUUUAAAAAUGAAGUCACAUAGCAAAAGGAGCAUUUUUAAUCUAGCGGAUGACACUAUUUUAACUCAUAAAGGACAAACUUUGAGUGAAAUAGAAAAAUUUGAUGAUCCAAAAUCAGAUGAUGAUUUUUCUGAUGAUGAAAACCAGUCUGGAAAAUUGGACACUAAUUUUGUUGGAGAAGCUCAUUUUGGUGGAGGAAUUUUAAAAAAUACAGGAAAAGAAGGUGCAAUGACACAUAAGGAUUUAAUAAACCAACUUAUUUUUGAAUCUAAAAAGAGGAAAGCUGAAAAACAAAAAGCAAAAGAAGCUACUUUAGAACUAACUGAAAAAUUAGACUUAGAUUGGAAAGAUCUCAUUCCUCUAGUGACAAAAGAUGGAAAAAACGAAGAAAUUAGAAAACCUAAAGUUGAUGAUUAUGAUAAAAUAAUGAGAGAAUUAAAAUUUGAAAAAAGAGGUACAGUUUCCGAUAGACUAAAAACAGAAGAAGAAAUAGCUAAAGAAGAAAUGGAGUCCUUGGAAAUAUUAGAACAAGAAAGAAUUAAAAGAAUGAAUAAACAAGAUACUGAGGAUACAUCUAAACUGAAGCACAGAAGUGCUGAUGAUUUAGAUGAUGAUUUUAUUUAUGAUUAUGAUAAUGAUGAUGAAGAAAACAUGUUGAGUUAUAAUAAAGAAGGAGAACCUAAUCUUCAAAUUCAGGCUAAUGUCAAUGGGACUGUUGUCAAAUCUACUGUUAAUGCAUUGGCUGAGGAAGUACAGGACGAAGAAGAAAAUCAAGAAACAUACAAAGAUGUCAGCUCGGAAGAAGAAUUAGAGACAGAUUCUGAAGAUAAUCUUUCAGAUUUAAAAAUAUCAGAUAACGAAAGUGAGGAGGAAAAUUGCAAUAUUAUUGAAGAAAUUCCAGUAGAAAAUGACACUCCUAUUCGUACACCAAAACAAGCUAGUUUAAAAAUUGAAACAGUUAAUAACAACAAAGAAUCUAGUGAAAAAGAAAUUGAACAUGUGGAAAUUCCUUUUACUUUCAAGCUACCAGAUACUUAUAAAGGCCUUCUAAAUAUUUUAGAAAAAUAUGACGGCCACCAACACUUAGUCAUUGAAAGAAUGAUCAAAUGUAACCAUCCAAGUUUAUCAGAACAAAACAAAGAUAAACUAGGACUCCUCUUUGCAUAUUUACUGCAAUAUUUGAAUGAUCUAUUUUCAGAUGAUCUCCAAAAAGAUGAUUUAAAAAAACAUUUCAAUAUAUUCCAACUUCUUGUUCCACAAAUUUAUUCAUUAGCCCAACUUAAUAACCAAAAUGCUCACAAUUCUAUGCUGGAAGUGAUUAAAGAAAAAUAUGAAGAUUAUAAAAAGAAACAUAAAACACAUCCAGGGUUGGAAGUUCUUAUUUUUUUUAAAUUAGUUAGUGUAUUGUUUCCGACUUCAGAUUUUCGGCAUCAAGUGGUCACACCCUGCUACACUUUCAUGGAGAUGAUUUUGACGAAAUGUAGAGUGAACAAUAGGAAAGAAAUUUCAUAUGGAUUGUUUAUUUCAUCAUUGAUCUUAGAAUAUACUGCAUUGUCCAAACGGUAUCUCCCUGCAGUUAUAAACUAUUUAUCCGGAUUACUACACAUGAUGAUACCAAAAAUAGGCGUAAAACUACUAAAAAUACCUCCACCAUUCAAACCGACAUCAACGCUUCUAGUGUUGCUGAACAACUACAGUUUAGAAUCCUUUAAUUCGUUAAAAUUAAACUUUGCCGAUUUUUCUGAAGAAGAAAUAACCUCCGAAUAUCAAGUUAGAGCCUUAUACAGUGUUAUUAAAAUUUUACAACAAUUUUUGGAACACUAUAUAAUUCUUCCUAGUCACGUCGAAAUUUUCGAAAAAGCUACCUAUUUUCUAGAAAAAAUUCCUUUAAAUAAUUAUCCAAGAGAAGUACAAAAUAAUGCUAACUGUUUAGUAGAGGAAUUACGGAAGAGUAAAAUUGAAAGGAGGCUGCAGUAUCUUGUUUUGGAAGCUUCUAAACCAAAAGCUUUGAGAUUGUAUGAACCCAAGAUUCAAGUUGUCUAUGAUGGUAAAUCACAUAAGUCACAAUCAAAAGAAAAAGCACAUAUAAACAAAUUAUUGCAUAAAGUAAAACGAGAAAAGAAAGGUGCACUUAGAGAAAUUAGAAGAGACAAUGCCUUUUUGGGAAGGUUUAAAAUUGGCAAACAACUACAAAGUGAUAAGGAAAGAAAGGAAAAAGUUAAGCGAAUAUAUUCUGAAGCAGCCAUGCAACAAAGUGAACUCAAUGAAAUUGAUAGGAAGAAAAAAAGAAAAAAUUAACAUCUUAUACUAUUUUUUAUUAUAUAUAAUAAAAAUAUUAAAUGACUCAUUAUUUCAUUUUUAAUUUACUUGCUGUUUAAACGAUCUGAAUGCAAGAUUUUUUACUAACAAAAAUUAAAAUAAUAAAUCAUGGGCGAUUAGUUUAAAAUGAAUCUACUUUUUAUAUAAAAAUCAGUAAUCUUGUAAUUUAAGCAUGUAUAAAUGCUUACACACCUGCUACUAUUGCCAUUUGUUUUUUCUUUCAAUUUUGUGUGCAAGGAAAAAUUCACAAAAAUAAUCAAAAUAUUUUUACUAAUUUCUAAAAAAUUCCUUAUCCUCAAAAUUUAUGUUUCACAGUAUACCUGCUUAAACUACAAAAUUACAGAAAAUUAGUUAAAACAUCACCAACAAUAUAAAAACACCACACCAAUCAAUGAUCUAUUAUAAUCAACUCAUCGAUUCCCCAAUCUUCAUAAGAAUGAUCUGGUAAAUAUCUUCUUAUAAUAAUAGGAAUUUUUCGCUGUUUCAAUUCCUUCAUUGCGAUUUGCAAAGGGUCAGUUUCGCCAUCUAAUUCAACCAUAACAGGGGCACACAUGGCUAUCUGUAAAGCUCUAUACCUAGAACUCUGGCGCGCUCAUAUUUCGUCAUAUAUUUAGUAGUUAUUCGUUUAUUUUUUGGUACCCCACCUCCAGCUUGACCAGGUGCAAGAAUAUCAAUAUUGUCUCCAUCUUCCUCUGGCUGCUCUAAUUCUUCGAUGUUAUCGUCGUCUACUUCGUCGUCAUAAUCAUCUGCUACGUCGUUUUCAUCAAAUUCUUCAUCUGCCAUAACUUAAGAAUUAAAACAUUAAUUAUUUAUAAACUUGUUCUUCCC